UCUUCGUUCUUUCAUGUUUCACUAGCCAUUGAUGAGUCCGUCAAGGCCAAGUCGAGAGUACUGUAAGAAAGACUUUCUCACACUGUGGAAAACCGCGUGAAAUGGUCUUCCUUCUCAGAUCUCUCCCUUUCUCUUGAAAUUUUCCCGCAUUUUCUCUUUCUCUUUCCCUUCCGAUUUCCCCCAAAGCGUACAAGCUACUUCUCUCCCAGAAUCUCAAAAGAAUUAAAAACCCUCAAUAAUCACGCUUUACCUUUAUACAAAAUUCCACCCUUUUUUUUACCAGAGAAUCUCUGCUUUCAUUCGCAUUCUCAUUACCAAAAUUCAUCUGCAAAUUCCCAGGUCCAAAAAUUUCAACAUUUUCAUAGAUAGAAAGAGAAAUGAUGGGAGGAAAAUCUAGCAAGAACAGAAAAAGUGAUGAAUUUGGUUCACCUACAACACCUGUACAGAUCAAGAUAAACUCAGCUUACACUGAGGACUUGAGCUCUUACGAGAGAGCUUGUAGUGAAGACCCAAAGCUCGAGUCUUUUGACUCUGCGCUUCACGAACGAACUAACCGAGUCAUCAACAAGCUCGCAUCAGGCGUGGAGAUCAAAUCCUUGUCGUUUGAUUCCCUUAGAGAAGUGACACAAUGCCUUUUAGAUAUGAAUCAAGACGUGGUCAAAGUUAUACUGCAGGACAAAGAGGAUAUAUGGAACAAUCAAGAUUUGUUCUCUCUUGUGAAUAUGUAUUUCGCAAGCACUUCAAAGACAAUGGAUUUCUGCUCUGAGCUCGAGAAUUGCCUAAACCGCGCGAGGAGAAGCCAAGUGAUUAUUCAGUUUGCUGUUAAGCAGUUUGAAGAAGAGUCUGAGAUACCGUUAAAUGGGAAUAACGAGAACAGAAAGUAUGAGAAGACGCUUGAGGAGCUUAAGAGGUUUAAAUCAGCAGGUGAUCCGUUUACUAAAGAGUUCUUUGCUCUUUUCGAUUUGGUACACAAACAUCAGGUCUUGAUGCUUGAUGAGCUUCAUAAGCUAAAGAGAAAGCUUGAUAAGAAACUCAAGAACAUCAAAACAUGGCGAAGAGUGUCCAACAUGGUGUUUGUGACUGCGUUUAUCUCUGUGCUUAUCUUCUCGGUGGUUGCAGCCGCCGUGGCUGCACCGCCUGUUGUGGCGGCUAUAGCUGGUGCAUUGGCUGUUCCGGUGGGAUCUGUUGGUAAAUGGUGCAACUCUCUUUGGACCAAAUACGAGAAAGUGGUUAGAGGACAGAAGGAGAUUAUUACAACGAUCAGGAUCGGGACUUAUAUAUCAGUUAAGGAGAUGGAUAAUAUAAGUGUUCUUGUGCGGAAAGUGGAAGUAGAGAUUGAAUCUUUGUUGAAGAAUGCUGAGUUUGCUGUGACAGAGGAGAACGUUGUGAGGCUUGCGAUAGAUGAGAUAAAGAAGAAGCUUGAUGUGUUUACUGAAACCAUUGAAGAACUCGGGAAACAUGCGAAUAAGUAUUGUAGCGAUGUGACAAAGGCAAGAACCGUGAUUCUGCAGAGGAUCAUUCGAUACCCGACUGGUUCAACGAGCGAAGAAGCUACCUGGACGGAAAUGUUGACGUGAGAAGGCGGAUUCUGUUCCGUGUUUGGCUUUGAAGAAAAUUGUUGGUUUGUUUUCUUUAGCACAAGUAUUAUGAACAGCUAAGGAUAAUGUUAUUUAGUUGCCCUGAGGUAACCUUUGCUCAAUACAUUAAUUAAAAAUACUUUUGGAAUAUUUGAUUCUGGCUUUUAUGGAGUAUAACUAUAUGGAGUAUUAGUUAAUGAAUCUUGUAUUUUUAGAUGUAUGUUUAUCCCAUAAAUGAAUGAAUGUCUCUGA